AUGAUCUCCCAACCCGCAUCCGAGUCUCUCAUCGCCGUCCUCUGCGGCCUGCUAACGCUAAACAUUUACGCCCUCCUCCCUCUUCUCAUCUCCAUCCCUCCACUCUUCGAUUUUCUCGUGUCGGCACCGCUCUAUGUCCUCUCGCUACAAGGCCUGAUCUCGCUAGCCGCCAUCCGCCUGUUCUAUAUCGCUACGCGCCGCCCCUUCCGGCUCGAUUGCAGGAAAACUCUCGUCCUGUUGCUCCUGUACGCGGUGUUUCCCGUCCCGAGGCUUGCUAUCUGGGUGCUUGAUACGGUCGUACCGAGUAUCUGUGUACGGAAGGGGUUUUGCAAGAAAUAG